ACGCUCGAAACCACACCUCUCUCUCUCUCUUCUCUCUGAGUUCGAGAAAGUGCAACAUAAUUCCCUCCAACCUAUAAAGAAAACCAACCACACCCUUCAUCCUUUGUAGUAAAAAAAAUUCUUGCCUUACCUCACUCACUAUCCCUUCUAUACCUUCCUCUGUUUUCUCCUUUUCUCUUGUCUUCUUGCACGCCAAUGUUUCCACUUCAAUCAUGAUGCAAUGAUAUGCUUUUCUGUUUUUCUCUUCAUCUAUAUGUCAUAGUUCGACCUAUGCCAUAAAAACCUACAAAGUUAUAUAUAACUAGGGAAAAAAAAAUUCACAUAUGGGUACUAGUAGUAGUUCUUUCCUUCCAAGAUUCUUCUUUCGGGUACUCGUGGUGGUGUGGCUUGUUUGUGUUCUGGUUUUGGGAAGCUUAGGUAGUGGUGGAGCAACAAGAGAACUAGCUACACAAUGGUCUUCAGAAGGACUCAAGCAUGAGCAAGUGGUUGGUAGAGACAUGCCUGUGAACCAUGCAGAAUUGGAUUUCAAUUAUAUGAGCAAAAGAAGAGUUCCCAAUGGGCCAGAUCCUAUCCACAACAGGAGAGCUGGAAAUUCUGGUAGACCUCCUGGCCAGACUUAGCCAACUAUAAAAGUUAGAGACAAGCCUCAGCAACCUUGCAGAAGAUGGCAGAGGAUGUUAAUUAGUCAUGUACUUCUGAGAACUGGGAGUGUGAUCCUAUUUAUCCCAAAGCUUCUUAGAAUUCCAGCUUGCAUAUAUGCAACGACUAAUGUCACUUGCGGAAAUUGAUUUUUGUUAAGGGAAGAGUCAUGGCCUAAAGAGGGAAAAGAGAAAGGAAGCUUGUCCCACUGAGAAUAAGUUCAAAAGAAAAAUAUCAGUUUCUAUAGAAACAGCUUCAAUUUAGUGAGUGUAUACAUUUAUUUUGAACUUAUCUUGUGAUGAUGGGGUGGAAAGGGAGAGUGUUACAAAUCUUAAUGGAGUGGAAAUUAGUGCUUGCAUGUAAAGCAAUUAACUUAACUUUAAAGUCUGAAAGCCAGGAAGACAUAUGUACAGGAUGUUGUAGCAACAGCAGCAACAAACAAUGCAUGCUUUUGGAAGACUAUAAUGUAUGUUUGGUUUCCAGUUCACAUGUGUUACAAGACAACUUACACAGAAAAAACACAAAUUACAAUGUAGUAAACGUGAAAUGAAUUUCUUACUUUCGUUGGAUUGAAUGUGCUUUCAAGUUGAUCUCAAAUUGAAUCCAAACACUAUAUACAAGUCUAGUUCGGGUUUUGGCUUGCUCACUCCUAA